AAGGAAGACAUAAGACCCCACGGCUGAUCUGCUGCUUGGAAGUUCUUGAUCUCUUUUGUUGCAAACUUCAUGUUGAACAUAUAUCAUCUAUUCACGCAUUUAUUUUUUACAAAUUCUCAGCUCUUUUGUGUGCUAUAGAGUUUGCGAGGGUGCAUGCUUUUAGUACUGUUUGUUCUCCAUUUCCUGACUAAUGUCAUCUGCCGACGCAGCUAUUGUUGUUGUCAGCUUGGUAGUCAUCGUUGUAAAGAUUGCUAUUUUGGUUGCGGUAUGCAAGAGAAGAGCUGGAAAUGGUAGCAACACUGUUACUUCGGACGACUCACGAUUUCUGACGCUGACCAUGGAUAAAUUUCUCAACGACAUGGAAAGAGAGAAACCAAUCAGAUUUACCUCUCAGCAGCUCAGGAUCGCAACAGACAACUUCACUAAUUUGUUGGGUUCUGGAGGGUUUGGAUUGGUCUAUAAAGGGAUCUUUAGUAACGGAACCAUAGUGGCAGUGAAGGUUCUAUAUGGGAGCUCGGAUAAGAGGAUUGAGGAACAAUUCAUGGCGGAAGUUAGUACAAUUGGAAGAGUUCAUCAUUUCAAUCUGGUUCGUCUUUAUGGUUUCUGUUUUGAGAAGCACAUGAGAGCACUUGUUUAUGAGUACCUGGGGAAUGGUUCGCUUGACAGGUACUUAUUCAGUGAAAACAACAUCUUAGGAUUCGAAAAGCUUCAUGAGAUUGCAAUUGGGACAGCCAGAGGGAUUGCUUACUUGCACGAAGAAUGUCAGCAGAGAAUAAUCCAUUAUGAUAUAAAACCAGGAAAUAUUCUCUUGGAUGCAAAGUUCUUUCCAAAAGUUGCUGAUUUCGGUUUGGCCAAGCUCUGUAACAGGGAAAAUACUCAUAUCACUAUGACAGGAGGAAGGGGGACUCCUGGUUACGCUGCACCAGAAAUGUGGAUGCCAUUUCCCAUAACCCACAAGUGUGAUGUAUACAGCUUUGGGAUGCUAUUAUUUGAAAUCAUAGGUAGAAGAAGGAACCUAGACAUCCAUCUUUCAGAGAGCCAGGAAUGGUUCCCAAGGAGGAUCUGGAAAACGUUUGAAGAUGGAGAACUAGGAAAAUUGACCAAAGUUUGUGGAGUGGAGGAGAAUCAUAGAGAAAUGGCAGAAAGAAUGGUUAAAGUAGCUCUCUGGUGUGUUCAGUAUAGGCCUGAAUCCAGGCCUAUGAUGAGUGUUGUGGUGAAGAUGUUGGAAGGAGCAGUAGAUAUUCCAACACCUUUAAGUCCAUUCCAGCACAUGUUGGAUGUUGCUCCUUGCCCAAAUGCAUCUUCCAAUCCAUUACAGACUGAUAGCACAUUUGAUUCGGAAUAUUCAUCUCAAAUGGUUACAAGAUCUGGCUUUGUAUGUGCUACUCCUGUGAUGAGGAAAUAUGAGAUUGAAAUAGCCUAUAUAUAGUUAGGUGGCUGAUGAAGAGUAUGUGUGUGUGUGAUUGCGAGAUCAGUGUUCUAAUUUUCAGUUAUGAAUUCAAGGAUACCUUUUUUCUGUUUAUACCAGUACCGAAAUUCAUAAUGUGCUAUUUGAUUAGUUA